AUGUCCUACCAUCCUUUGUUUGACUCAGUGGCAGUGGCAUUACUGUCCAUCGCCAGCCUUGCAUUCACAAAACCAUCGUCUGGCCAGCGCGUUGGCUGUCUCGCUGUGUUGAGCUUGUUGACGUGGCACUGUGUUGUGACGUGUCCAACAUACAUCAAUAGGAGCUCUUGGGCAGCUUCAGUAGGAGGUUACACCCUCGGACUCCUGUUCCACUAUCUCGAUGUUGGCGUUCUGAGCAGAUGGAACUUCGAGCUGCAAGGGCCUGUCAAGGAUCUUGCCAAAGGGCCUCUCACACGACACGCAAAAAAUCGUGCUGCAGGCAAACUUGCGACUACAAGACAGAAAGACAGCCGCUUCUCUUUUCUCGCGAGGCUCAAGUUCGGUUUCUUGGUCUUCUGCUCAUGGCGCUUCAUCGAUACACCGUACCAGGUCCGAAACGUUCCCGUUCUGGGAGAGAAUAUGCGCCGUAGCCGUACUGCCUUUCUCAUGCACACCGGCACAACUAUAGCGGUGUGCUACCUGCUUCUGGACGGCAUGCACUUAUCGCAAGAUCCCCAGAUCGCCGAGAAGUUCUUCUCGGUGGAGAAGGCGGGCUUGUUUUCCCGUCUUCAUUCGGUGACGCUGGAGGAAUUGUCCAUUCGUUUCUUCGCGGCUCUCGCUCUUGGGGUGAGCCUUGUUUCUGUUCAACGCGGCGUGUACUCCAUUCUGUCUUUUGUUUGUGUUGGAUUAGGGAUUAGCGAUCCGGAACAGUGGCCUCCUUUUAACGGCAAUAUAUCGGAGGCUUGCUGCCUGAGAAAGUUCUGGAGUUCAUUCUGGCACCAGAUGAACACCCACAGGCUGCUCUCAGUUGCCAAUUUCUUGCUUUACGAAGUUUUACGUGUCCCUCCAGCUUUCAAAGGCAGCACUGCUGAAAAAUUCCUCGGCGCCUGGAUGGUCUUCUUUGUCUCCGGCAUUUUCCAUAUCGGACUAGAUGUUUCUGCUGGUAUACCCGCUACAGAGUCCGGGGCACUGGCAUUCUUCUUGAUACAGCCGCUGGGAAUUGUUAUGGAGGAUUUGAUUAAAUUGGCAACAGAGCCGCUGUUUAAGCGCUUCCCGUUUCCCAAUUUCACCAAUCGCUGUUUGGGAGCUCUCUGGGUUAGCUUAUGGAUGGCAUGGACCGCGCCAUGGUAUAUGUAUCCAAUCCUGGGAAAGGGGAGCGGAGAUGACGGUGUUAUUCCAGUAAGCAUAAUACUGUACACGAAGCGUCUUCUGAAUUGA